AUGCUCGGUACUGAUUCUGCAUUGUGCCCCUACUGUGAAUGCAAAUAUCAGGUUGUCGUCUGCUUUCUUGUCGUCGUCAUUUCCGCACUGACAUUGUAUAUGAUUAUUCUUAUGCUACUUGAACCCCUGUUGUCGCACCGGCUUGAUAGGAAAGAAAUUCCAAUUCCAAAUAUAGGAAACGCUAUUGAUAGUGGGCUAGGAAAUUCUACUGCUCCGGGCGCUGGACCUUCGAUUUGGAGAUAUACCAAGAAUAAAUUUGUUACGAGCGGUUUCCCUUUUUCACCAUUUUCGACAAUGAUCCCUAAGUCUCAAACUAUAGAUAGUACAUCAUAUGGUGCAACUUCGACACCAUCUACAAAACAAUAUGGUACUAAUCUUUUUGAGGAGCUAUUCCCUUGUCCGGCAAGUAAACAUGAUACAGAACAGCAAGAACAUGUGGAUGAUGUGCGUCCUAGGCAGCGUGUUAGUUAUAGCACUAACGAUUAUCUCGCUGGAACAUUGGGUAGUACUGGAUUCGGCAGCGCAAAUAUAUUUGCCGGUAGUGGACUCGGCGGAAUCUCUUCCCAUAACCCUGUUUCGGAUGCUGUCCAUCGUGCUGUAGAUCAACAAAAACGGUGGAAAGGAAACGUUGAGGCUCAAAGAGCUCGAGUUUUCUCUGAACAUAGUCUCCUAAAUUAA